GACAAAGCAAUAAACACAUUGGUCUGGUGGUCACCAAAUGUACAUUAAAUGCCGAGCUGAACGUUCUUAAGUUUAUGCUAUCGAUUUAUUUGCCUGCGAAACAUUUCUGUAGAAUUGUGAACGCAGGCGGUGUUAGAAUCGUGCUGAAGACUGAGGUCAGGGUGUUUGAGUGUGGGCAGGCGUGGCAGGUCUUUGCGCGUACAACGAUGAAAAACAGCGAUGAUAUACACCAGGCGGCAGCCGAAUAGGCAGACGUAAAGAAAUCACCUUAGGCUAUAAGCAUUAGUGCUGUAUUUUAUAUUCGGUUUUGAUCGUGUUCGAGAUUUAAUUUCUAAGGCAUAGGGUGACACCCAUCCACAAGGACAAGGCGCGGAGAAUGCAUUGAGCGAUCUCCACCGCUCGUCCUGUGGUACCCCCUUGUGAACAGUAGAAGAUGACCACCUCGCCCACCCAUAAGGACAUGCCUGUGCUGCGAAGCCCCAGCGAUGGGGCCCCCAGCGACGGGGUCCUCGAGGCCCUUGUGUCCCCACAGCACUCCACACCUGGCUCGUCUGGGCCCCAACAUAAGAAACGUCUCUCCAGCCUACUGCAGAGCCCGUCUUUCCGUGAAGAACUAGAUGUUCUGAUCCAGGAACAGAUGAAGAAGGGAGGCAGCAGCUCCAAUCUCUGGGCUCUGAGGCAGCUGGCUGACUACAUGGCAUCCCAUGGCUCCGCAGCAGCACUGACCGCCUCCCCCUCCAAUACAGGCAUGAUGAUGGUGACACCCAUCAAUGACCUGCAUGGUUUAGAGCCCAGCGGCAUGGUGAAGGGAGAGAGACUGAUGCGCUGUAAACUGGCCAGCGUGCACCGCCUGCUGGAUCUCUAUGGCUGGGCCCAGCUCAGCCACACCUGCCUCACCCUACGUGUCAGUAAGGAGCAGGAGCACUUCCUGGUUUUGCCUGAUGGCUUGGCCUAUGGGGAGGUCACUGCUUCUAGCCUGGUAAAGGUGAACAUCCUGGGGGAGGUGGUGGAAAGAGGGAGCACCACGCUUGGGAUUGACCUCGAUUCCUUCAGCCUCCACUCAGCUAUCUACUCCACCCGACCCGACGUACGCUGUCUGCUGCAUCUCCACACCCCUGCUACAGCCGCCGUGUCAGCCAUGAAGUAUGGCCUCCUGCCACUGUCCCAUGAGGCUCUGCUGGUUGGUGAGGUAGCUUAUUACAACUAUAAUGGUCUGAUGGAGGACGAGGAGGACAGAGUGGCGCUGCAGAAGAGCCUUGGGCCCACCUGCAAGGUGCUGGUGCUUCGGAACCAUGGCGUUGUGGCCCUGGGGGACUCCGUUGAGGAGGCUUUCUACACCAUCUAUCACAUCCAGGCUGCCUGUCAGAUACAGGUGUCAGCAUUGUGCAGCGCCGGAGGGGAGCAGAACCUGAUCAUGCUCGAUCGCUCCGUCCACAAACCCAAUGCUGCCGGGACUGUGGGCUGGGCCGGAUCCACCUUUGGCCCCCUGACCAAGAGUCGGCUUGGAGAGCAUGAAUUUGAGGCUCUCAUGAGGACCCUGGACAACCUGGGUUACCGUACAGGCUACGCCUACCGCUUCCCGGUGCUGCUGGAGCGCUCCAGGACUCGGAGAGAGGUGGAGGUCCCAGCCACAGUCCACUCCUUUCAGUUUGAGGAGGAGGGGGUGCACCCGUUACCCCGCCAGCACCCCUAUGCCCAGCGACAGCAGCAGGAGAAGACCCGCUGGCUCAACACCCCCAACUCCUACCUGAGGGUGAACCAGGACCAAGCCAGCCCUGGACACCAGCGCACCACAUGGUUGAAGACCGAGGAAAUGCAACAAGGCAGUGGGGCCAUCAAAAUUGAGAACUCAAACCAGUUUGUACCUCUGUUUACCAACCCUCAAGAGGUGCUGGAAACACGAAACAAGAUUCGUCAGCAGAAUCGACAGGAUACAAAGACAGCAGGACCCCAGUCCCAAGUACUAGCCAGUGUUAUAACGGGAGAUAGUCCACCGGUCCAGAAAAAACUGCAUGUUGCUGUAAAAAAGAGUGUGCUCUCAGUCAACCAUAACAACAAAGUAAAGUCUCCAGACCCAGCAGAACUUGGAAAACUUGAGCCAGAGACCCCCAACCCAUUUAAUCAGCUGACCGAUAAAGAGCUGGAAGAGUACCGCAAAGAGGUGCAGAGGAAAGCAGAAGGUCAGACAGAUGUAGGGGAGGAGGUGGAGAACGAGAAGCCCCCCACCAACAACCCUCUCCUCUGCAAUGCCCUGACCUCAGGGCACCUCUCUGGUACUGAGAUCUUGUCUCAAUAAUGAGGCAGACUCCACGGCAGUUCAGAACGGGAAAGAAGAAGAGGAGAAACAGACCACAGAGGAGCUGGAGAAAGGGAUGAAGGCUUUGUCAACCAACGACACUUCUACUCCCCCUACCAGCACUCCUGCUGCUCCGCCAGCUAAACAGCCUGGGAACACCCCAGAUGGGUCCCCCUCCAAGUCCCCCUCCAAGAAGAAAAAGAAGUUCAAGGCCCCCUCAUUCCUCAAGAAGAGCAAGAAGAAAGAGCAGAAAGAGCAGAAAGAGAAAGCAGAAACUUGAAGGGACACAAAAUCAUGAUGACAAACUCCACUAGUUAAACACACACUCCUCCUGUAUGAAUGGCUCAGUCACUCUCAUCACAUCUUCGUGUCCACAUGCUUCUAUACUAUCCAAUAUAUAUUUUUUAAUAUUCUGUCAAAACAUUUCUUGUUUUUUGUGCAUAGGAGUAGUUUAAUUCAGUUUCUUUUAGCAACAACUCUGUUAUAAUUUCUGCACUAUUCUCAUGAACUUGAAACACUUCACAAUAUUGCUUAAUGAGGUAAAAGCCACAACACUAACUGAAUUAUGCAUCCACUAUUUAUGACAACAAACAAUGCACUUGACAUAUGUUUAUAAACCAAUGUUGCAAUGAAACAUGAAUGCGUCCUCAUAGGCACUCUCCUGUCUGGUAAUGUUUAUUGGUUUUAAUAGAUGAAACAGUAACGUGAGCACAAAUGCAGUAUAUGUAAAAUUAAGCAGGUAUAAAAUGUGCUCCUUUUGGCAGAAAUGUUGUUCCAAACAAAGUAACUAUUCAAGUCAUAAAAAGCAGCAAGAAAAAUAAACGAAAUGCUUAAAAACAGUAGUACCCAAUACUUAACAGACAGCUAUAAAUGCCACUAAUACCAAGCGGUGAUAUAAGUAUGUGUUGCUUGAUGUUGCAAAAUGAAACCCAACUGAAGGGCACUAAACAUUCCACGUUACCCACAUUUUAUUUUGAAAUAUAUGUACAAAAUACCUCUACAGCUGUAAUUAUUUUUUAUGAUUAGUAGCUGUUAUCAAAAUGCUGAUGUGUGAUAUGUUUUUUAAUUGUAUUUUUAUUUCAUAUUAGAAUGUAAAGUGAAAAGUUGCAAGGUUAAACUGUACCAUUUCAUUAAAGAUCAAGUUGAUUUCA